AUAAAUCCAUUCGUCUCCAUCAUCACAAUAACAACACUCAUCCUAGGCACAAUAAUCGUAAUCACCAGCUCCCACUGAUUAUUCGCCUGAAUUGGAUUCGAGAUAAACACUAUAGCCAUAAUCCCCAUUAUGAUAAAAGUCUUCAACCCCCGAGCCAUAGAAGCCUCUACUAAAUAUUUCCUAACCCAAGCCACUGCAUCUAUACUACUCAUAAUAGCAGUCGUAAUCAACUUAUUAUACUCCGGCCAAUGAACCAUUACCAAAAUAUUCAACCCGACAGCAUCUGUACUCAUAACAAUAGCCCUGGCCAUCAAACUAGGACUAUCACCAUUCCACUUCUGAGUGCCCGAAGUCACACAAGGUAUUCCCCUAACCACAGGCCUAAUCCUCCUUACAUGACAAAAACUUGCCCCUCUAUCCAUCCUCUACCAAAUCUCACCAUCAAUUAACGUAAACCUAAUACUAACCAUAUCCCUACUCUCCAUCCUAAUUGGAGGUUGAGGAGGACUAAACCAAACACAACUCCGAAAAAUUAUAGCCUACUCAUCAAUCGCCCACAUAGGAUGAAUAACAACCAUCCUGCUCUAUAACCCCACCAUAACCACAUUAAACCUACUAAUCUACAUCACAAUAACCUACACCAUAUUUACACUACUUAUUCAAAACUCAACUACUACCACACUAUCCUUGUCCCAAACAUGAAACAAAAUACCAAUCACCACAACCUUCACUAUACUUACCCUACUCUCUAUAGGAGGACUCCCGCCACUAUCAGGAUUCACACCUAAAUGAAUAAUCAUCCAAGAGCUGACAAAAAACGAAAUGCUUAUUGUACCAACCUUUAUAGCCAUCACAGCCCUACUAAACCUAUACUUCUACAUACGUCUCACCUACUCAACAGCAUUAACCCUAUUCCCCUCCACAAACAACAUAAAAAUAAAAUGACAAUUUUACUCCACAAAACGAACAACCCUCCUACCAACAGCAAUUGUAAUAUCCACAAUACUCCUACCCCUCACCCCCAUACUAUCCAUCUUGCUGUAG